AUGGUGGACACAGAUUACAAGAAGGCGCGUAAAUUUGAAGGGGGAUUACGGAGUGCUAUCCUGGACAAGGUCAACAUGUUGAAGUUACCUACUUAUGUCGAUGUGUUGGAGAGGGCUGUUAUAGCAGAAGGAAACCUCACUACUCAGAACCGAAUUUCUAAAUGGAAAGGGAAGGGGCAGAAUACUAAAUGGUCAAAGGGGACAACUACUCCACCAAACAAGAAACAAAAUUUAGGGACUUCAAAUACUUCUACGCCUAGUCAGGAUUCAAUUCCUGUUUGUCCGGAAUGUGGAAAGAAGCAUCAUGGGACGUGUUAUCGGAAGUCUGGAGCCUGUUUUCAUUGUGGCAAACCAGGUCAUUUGAUAAGGGAUUGCCCUCAAAGGAAUCAACAAAACAUCAAUAGGGCUGCUACCAGUUCAGCGGGGUCUACCCCAACUCCCAACACUAAGACAACUGCUAAACCUACUAACAAUAAAGACACUGCGAGGCAAGGCAGGGUGUUCACAUUGGUUCCAGGAGAUGUGCAAAAUGCGGCAACAGUGGUGUCAGCUUGUGAACUCCAACUUGGGGAUAGUCGGGUGUAUGCUAAUGUGUUACCUCUCGCCAUGACCUAUUUUGAUGUUAUUCUGGGAAUGGACUGGCUAAGUGAAUAUGGUGCGACUAUAGACUGUUUGACCAAGAAAAUCAGUUUCCACCCUCCGGGACAAUCAGAGUCUGUGUUUCAGGGACAAGAAGUGACUUCUCCACCUUAUUUGAUUUCUGCAGUAAUGACUUGUAAAUUAAUUCAGAAAGGGUGUCAAGGGUAUUUGUGUAGUGUUUUGGAAAGGCAAGUGAUGAAUGGGAGUACUGAUAUAAUUCCAGUUGUUCGUGAAUUUCCGGAUGUCUUUCCGGAUGAAAGGUGUCAGGGGUAUUUGUGUAGUGUUUUGGAAGGGCAAGUGAUGAAUGGGAGUACCGAUAUAAUUCCAGUUGUUCGUGAAUUUUCAGAUGUCUUUCCGGAUGAAUUACCAGGGCAAUUAAUAGACCGUGAAAUUGAGUUUACAAUUGAAGUGGCACCAAGAACUCAACCCAUUUCUAAGACUCCGUAUAGAAUGUCGCCAGUUGAGAUAAAGGAAUUGAAGGUUCAGUUGCAGGAUUUACUUGAUAAAGGGUUCAUCCACCCGAGUGUGUCUCCUUGGGGUGCACCAGAGGUGGCAUUUCUGGGGCAUAUUAUAACAAAGGAAGGAGUUUUUGUUGAUCCACACAAAAUUGAGGUGAUCGUGAACUGGCCAACUCCCACUAAUGUGACUGAGGUGUGA